AUGACCAAAGGAUACCAACAUAAAGCUAAAAAAUCAACAAGUUUCAAGCAACAGCAUUCAGAAAGAAACAUAGCUGAUAAUCUCCAAAAGCAAAUAGAAGCACAAGAACUGAGUUUGGAUUCACCAUCGUCGUCAACAACGACUGCAUCAAGCGAAUUAUCAAUCUACCCUGACGAAGAGGAGGAAAUUGCAAUUAAUAUUUUGGACACUUUGUAUGACACCACAGGUGAAUCUUCAGAUGAGGAAGGGACAGGAGAAGAGCAAGAGCAUUUGCAAACCAAAUCAUUGGUAGAAGAGGUUAAUUUCUUUACACAUCUUGGAGAAAUACCAGAUAUUGUUAAUAUAUCGGAAGAUAUUAGUGUGUGUACUAUAAUUCCAGAAAAGGAAGCAGCAUCAAAGGAUGCCACUAAAGACACGGGAUAUUUUGUAGAUCCCCUAACGGGCUCAGAAUUGCAAGCCCGUUUAGGAUCCUCUUCUCUAAUAGGCUAUAAUGAGGAUGAAUCGAAAGAAACGCUUGUGGCAAGUGAUGAACAUUCAGUUUCCGAAUCACAGCAAUCGGAACUUAGUGAUAUUUUAUUACCCGAAGACAUACUAUUCGAGGAAACAGGCACUACUACUUACGAUAAGCAGGACAAUGAAGCUACAGAUCUUUUUGAAACAUUUCUGGAGUUAGAUUUGUCAAAAGUCGAUGAUGCGGUAGAUGAUAUUGAUUGGGAGGCCUUAGCUAAGCAACAAGAAGCUGAGCGUUUACACCAGCAUACCUUAGAAUUCAUAAAUGAUAUAAUCCAUAGAGUGGUGGAAAUAGCCGAAUUUAUUAGUCCUGAACAAUUACAAAGACAAAAACUGGACAAACGUAAACUCUUCUUGGAAAUUUCUCAUGUUUAUCACCAGUACGAAGUAGAGCUCAAAGUCUCUGAGUUACUGAAUCGUAAGGUGGUGGAGUUUUUUAAACGUAAGAAAUUGUAUCGUCCUAUUAUGCAAGACAAUGUUAAGACUUUGCCACUGGAAAAAUUAAAGUAUAAGAAAGCCAUGCAACAUUUAGAUGAGCUGCUGGCUAAAGAGAAUGCUAUGAACGAUUCAUGUUCAGGUCUUGCAAAAAGAUUACAUAACGAAUUGGAGGUGACAGAGCAGAAAGUUCAUAAUGAUGUAUUGAUGUUCGAAGAUUUAGUUAAGAAGAAUUUAUUUAGAGAAUCUUGUCCACAAUCUAAUGCCCUUAUUGAACAAUUAUUGAGAAGAAUGGCAAAAUAUCGCAAAGAAGUAAGUGAAGUACGCUAUCGAAUGAUAUCAAAACAACAUACGCAUGCGAUUCUUAUUGGGAAACUCGCCACACUUGAAGAUUUAGGCAAUGGUCUAACUUUGAAAAACUAUGAUCACAUACAAACAGAAAAUCAAAACUUGGAUAAGAAAAUUGAAGAACGCAAUGUUGAUCUGAAAAAACUAUACCUACGCUCACGUAAUUGCCUACAUCUCUUGGCUCAUUUCAAGGAGAAACGAACCAUGAUCAAUGAUAUCAUUGCAACACAACGUUCUGCUUUAAGUGAUCUCUAUGAAGAACGUAGUUCUCUGCGUAAAUAUAUUUAUCAAUUGAAAUUGAAACGUAGUCGCAUUCGACAGCAGAUCAACGAAUUGAGCAUACAGGGAGGUCUUUUGGAUAAACCCGCUUUAAUGUACGACUAUGAUCAGACAGUGGAGCGUUUAGAUAAACAUCGAGAAAUCGUAAACCGUUUACGGGUUACUUUACAGACUAUACAGCAAAGAAUUAUUAAGCUGGAAAAGCGUUUAACUAGGGAUAAUCAUAAUUUUUCUAUGAUUUAG